UUCAUCCUUUUCAAUGCUCACUCUCGCUCGUCCGUGUGUGUGCGCGUGCGUGCGCGGAUCGCCGAGCGCCGUUUCAUUCUCUGCUGCCAGGAGACACGCAUCUCUUUACUCGCCGGUAGACGGUCAGUCUGCUCCAAAACAGCCUCCGUCAGAGCUCCAGUCUACCUGUUUUCAUCUCAACAAUCGUUGCCCGUUUUUCUCGAUCCUCAGUGCUACCGGCAAAAACCGGGAGGAGACGCGAGUACCGACUGGGCGUUGCUGGAGGAAAAGCGCUAUAGAUUUGGGAAACCAUAGACAUCUGAUAGCUGUAGACUUCAACUAGUGGACUGAGUCCUAGGUUCCUGAUUUCUCUUUUGUUGAGACGGACCUCCAGGACUAGGACAAGAUGAAACCAGAUGGUGUUGACACAGCAACAAUGGAAGCAUUAAACACAGGUCCUGCGGUCGAAGUGGUGCCAGGGGGCGAAGCUCAGGACCAGACUUUGCCUGCAGCGCAAACAGAAGGUGAACCACAGCAAAAAGAAGCAACCAACAAGUCUGGGGAUCCCAAAGCCAAGACAAAGGCUCCUGUCAAAACAAAGACACCCACCUCUGGAACCAAGACAACUACAACAGGCUCCCGUCCCACCACUGGCCAAAGCCAUCUGAUAAAUGGGGCACAGAAGUCACAAGCUAAUGGCGUCACCAAAAAGACCACCACAGCAGGCCUGGAGAAGAAAACCUCAACCACUGCUGCCACUAAAAAACCAGUCAGCUCUACUUCUGCACCCACAACCAAGACCCCAAACAAGGUGACUGAGAAAAAGCCUGUGGGGACGGCAAGACCUGCCAGUGCUCCAGCCAGUGGUGUGAAGACAACAGGGGCAGCACAGCCCAUAAAGAAAGCCCCUGCGGCACCAGCUAAUGGUCUGAAGUCUAAACCAAAAACUACAGCUCCAGCUCCAGCUGCAAGACCCGCUACUGCAUCCACCACUAAGACCAGCAUCACUGGCUCUCCUGUCGCCAAAACAACCAGGUCUGUUGGCUCAGCUCCUGCUGCCGCCAAGCCUGGGACACCGACAACUGCCAGCAAGACAUCUACAACCAUAUCCAGGCCAACUACUGGUACACCCAAGACACCAUCUACCACUGCUAAACCCUCACCUGCUAAAACCACAGCUCCCCCUCCUGGCCGCACUCCCCCUCCUAAGACCACAACACCUAUCAAGAAAGAUGUCAGUAAGCAGUCAUCUGCUCCAGCAGCCAAGAAGACCACUUCUUCUCCGCUUACCCGGCCAGCACCAACUAAGACCACCAAACCUGACACCCCUAAGUCAGCCUCCACUGCCAAGGCAGAAUCAGCCUCCAAACAACCCACCACCUCCAGUAAGGUGGCAGAUGUUAAGACUAGUAAACCCAAGGAGAGCAAAGCAAUGCCUUCCAAGGAGGUCAAUGCAAGCCCCAAGACCACAGGCAGCAAGCCCAGCACUAAAACAGGCAGCCCAAAGAAGUCAGUUGGCAGUAGCACUCCAAAGCCAUUGAAGGGUGGCCCAAAAGCCUCCCAGCCUGCAGACACAGCAGCCACAGAGGCCGAGAAAAAGGACAUGGUACCCGCUAUGGUUGCAGCCGCUACUGCAGCAGCUGGUGCUGUUGUUUCUAUGGUGACCUCUGAGGCAGCACCUGAAGACUUAGCCACAUCUUUUGUUCCUGUUGCCACUGAAGAGGCACCUGAGGACUUGUUUACCCAGGUCAAUCCUGCUGCCUCUGAGGUGAAAUUAGGAGACUCAUUUACAACUCCAAUUCCUGUUUCCUCCGAGGACUCUAAAGAGGAUUCAAAAGAAAUGGCCAAACCUGUCAUUGCCCCUAGCACUACGAAAGCACCUGAAGACAAAGUUACACCUGUCAUUCUUCAUUUCUCUGAGGGAUCACCUGAAGACUCUGUUACACAUUUCAAUCCUGAAGAAACAUCUGAAGACAGAACUGUGUGUGCCAUUCCACCUAACUCUGUUGAGGUACGAGAGGAAAUUGUUUCACCUGUUAUUCCUUCUGAAGAAAUACCUGAGGAUGUAACUACAUCUGUCAUUCCUCCUAUCUCUUUGGAGGCACGAGACGAAACUGUUUUACCUGCCAUUCCUUCUGAAGAAACACCUGAGGAUGUAACUACAUCUGUCAUUCCUCCUAUCUCUUUUGAGGCACGAGACAAAACUGUUUUACCUGCCAUUCCUUCUGAAGAAACACCUGAAGAUGUAACUACAUCUGUCAUUCCUCCUACCUCUUAUGAGGCACGAGAAGAAACUGUCUCACCUGCCAUUCCUUCUGAAGAAAGACCUGAGGAUGCAAAUACAUCUGUCAAUCCUCCUACCUCUUAUGUGGCACGAGAAGGAUCUGUUUCACCUGCCAUUCCUUCUGAAGAAACACCUGAGGAUGUAACUACAUCUGUCAACCCUCCUACCUCUUGUGAGGCACGAGAAGAAACUGUUUCACCUGCCAUUCCUUCUGAAGAAACACCUGAAGACACAACUGCGUCCAUCAUUCCCCCUACCUCUUAUGAGGCACCUGUAGAAACAACUUCACCUGUCAUUCCUCCAGCCUUUGAAGACGAACCUGAAGACACAUUUACACCUGUUAUUUCUCCUACUUCUGAUGAGGCGGAGCUUGUCUAUUCCCAGGAUGUCCCGCAGAGCAUGGACACUUAUAAAGAUGACCAUGUAACGUCUCAGCUGGAUGCUGAAGUAGACUUGGUCAGUCUGGAGGUGCCAGUGCCUGCUGUGUCUCCCCUGGGUACAACAGUACUGUCCCCACCAUCGUCUCCCACCAGCUCACCAUCCAUGCCAGUUGAGCUCCCAAGUUCAGUUCCCUUCCGGAGCAUGGAGGGUCCAUCUGAACCAUGGGCACAGCGCUCUUCACUGUACUCCAUCUCUGUAGCCAUAGAGAACCAGGAGCAGGAUAUGGAAAGAGAGCCUAAUGAAGAAAGUGAACAGGAUGAUGAAAAAGAUCAGGAUGAUAUACAGAUGCCCUCUGCUGCAGAGAAUGUGAUAGAAGACUUUAAUCUGAUGGGCUCCACUAGUGGGGAUCACAUCAGAAAUGCAGCUCCUGUCUCCCCCUUGAAAGAACAAGAAGAGGCAGUGGAGAAAGCUGAAGAAGAGAUUAAUGAAGACAAUGAUGAGGAGGAGGAAGAGAAAGAGGAGGAGGAGGAAGAAGCAUUAAAAGAGAUUGGCAUAAAGGAAUAUGUGCCCCAAACAGAGAAAGAAGUUUACUCUAAAAAGGGGGUGGCAGAUUUUGCCAGCUCUGACUGGGGUACGAUGCAAUCAGAUGACAUCUACAGCAGUAAUAAACAUGACUCAGAAGUGACAUCUCCUUUUAAUGCUGAAGACAGCUGCAGUGCUAAAGAUACAGAUGACUUCAUCAUAACCGAGGCAGAUAGGGAACAGCCAUUCACAGGGCCUCCUGGAAUCCAGUCAUUUGGUAGUGAAGAUGAGGAAGAAGAACAUUUGAAGGAAGACAUGGAUCUGGCAUUAGAGCACGAUGAUGAACAUCUCAAACAACAGAAAGACUUAGAGGAAGCAGAUGAAGAUGUGGAGAUGGUACGAAGAGUCAUGGCUGAGAGUGGACUUGGGGUUCGUACAGAUGAUGGUAAUGAAGAUGAAGAUGAUUACAGAGAUGAGAGUGAUCUAAUUCUCAACAGCAUGGGUCACACUGCUCAAGCAACAUCUAUGCCUUUGACAGCAGCAUGGAGUAAUUCCAAUCCAUUCUCUGAUCCCUGGGCCCAGCCUUCUUUCGCCCUGUCAGAAUCAAUCCUGUCAGAUUCAAGAGUUCAAGAUCCAGACACACUCGCCAAAUUCCCAGCCGACCUUGACACAAUACCCACAUUCUCAGCUGAACCAGAUACACCACCCAAAUCCCCAUCUGAGGCUUUUCUGGACACAAGUCCACCCCUGAUUAAGACCUUUGAACCUCAACCUGACAUCCAAGAGGAGACCUGUAUCUCUGUCUUAGUGGAGUCGGGUAUCUUGGCUCCUCUUGCCACUGGAAUGUCCCAGUCCAGCACCCUCAGUGGAACAGUGGCUGCCCAUAGCAGCAGUGAGACCAGCACACCUGAAGAGCUUGGAGAUUAUGACAGCAGCUCAGGUGUAGAAUCCCGAUCAGACAAGCAGCAGACGCCAGUCCCUGCCAUGCAUACAGACAUGGAGCAGGACCUAGGUAUUCACCUUGAGCGAGGUGAUGGGGAGGAGGAAGAGGCAGAAACACUGCCAGCUGAUGAAGUACUGGGUGAUGCCGCAAAAGCACCAGCCUUUGUACCAUCAUCACCAUCAACCUCUUGUGAUGAAGCCAGUGAUACAGAGGGUGAGAUGCAAAUCAAUGACCCCAAUGUUGCGGUUGAUGACAAUGCUAAAGUCCCCCACAACCUCACUGCCCUGGAGGAAGAUGAGGAGGCUCCUGAACAGAUUGGUGAGGAAGAUGGUGAUACGCCUCAGUCAGCCAACUCUGUGGCCUCCUACGGUUUUGACUGCUCCGCAUCCAUCUCCAAUGCCCACUCUAUGGCUGAAAGCUGUGGAAAGAGUCCAGGCAUAUUUAGCCUGGAAAAUGAAGAGCAGCUUCCAGAAGAAGCCAAGGAUCCUUCUUUCAUCAAGGAGCUCACCCUGCCAGCAGCUACUGCCUACAGUGAUGACUUGUUGGGCUGCCCAGUGGAUUUAUUGCCUAUCAGCAAGCCCACAGAGAGGGAUGCUGGGUUUGAUGAGCACUACAUGCUGUGCAGUAAGACAGGCCCAGGAACGAUGGAGGAAAUGGAUCCUGAGUCCCCUAUGCACCUAUCUCCCCAACACGGGGACGAUUCUGAUGGUCAGCCACCAUACUACUCUGCUAUAUGUGAAAAGACUGAUAACUUUAUGGCAGGUAAUGUAUAAAGUCCCUCUUUUGGAAUCUACCUUGUCUACCCCAAACUCCAAGCUUCCACCCUGUGUCCUUCAUUUCUUCCAAAUGUGGGAUUAAUAAGCAAAGAAGUGAAUAGAAACACGUAAUAGAAGGGGGAAAGAAAAGAA